AUGGCACAGAGCGCCGAGCUCCACCCAAGCUUUGAGGACAUUUUUAAUAUUCUCUCCCAGAUCCCCCAGGAUAAACUCCUUAGCCUCAAAUACAAACUGAAGCACUUGGUGUUUGGGCCCAGCAGCAAAUUACUGCAAGCCAUGGUCCUGCUUACUCUGGGGCAAGAAACGGAUGCGAGAAUUUGUUUGGAUGCUUUGGGAGAUAACCGGGCAGCCCAGUAUGUCCACCAGACCAAACUGGGCGCUGCAGGAGUGCAGGAAGAUGGGGAGGAUGUCCAGCUGGAUGCAGGUACCAUGGCACUUCUGGCACAGAUCUACGCGGUGUUGGCGGAGGAAAAACUGUGCGGUGGUGAAGCCAGGGACAAAGCCUGCCAGGCUGCCACCGAGGCCUGCAAGGAAACGCAGGGGGACACGCUCAACAGCAUCCCAGCUGAGGAUCUGGGAAAACAGGGCAUGGGCCCAGGGGACAAAUUUCAGACGCUGAGGUCUGAUGAGGAUGUAGGAUUUCACCCAAACCACGUGGUGAGAAGUUCCCCAGUGCAGAUUGAAGGCAACUCAGACCCUUCAGGCCCACGGACCUUGUGCUCCCUGGGGAGUCCCUCUCUCCCCAGUCGCUUUGAGAUCAGUGCGUCACCAACCGUAGUUUUCCGCAUGCAGCCUUCUUCCCGCCAGCACGUCCCGCAGCCCAGCCGGCUCUGCGAAGGGAGUGCCAGCGGGGCUGGACAGCCUGACGGGGACAGAGCGAGCCACGGCCUGCAGGACACAACCUGGGCCAGCAGACCCAACGCUCACCCCGGGCAGGAUGCGGAUGCCCACGUGCCCCAGCCGGAGGCUGUGGAGGGCAGGUCGCGGUUGUCCCCUGAACGGCAGCCGCCCACGCGGGGUGCUGCCACCCAGCCUGUUGAAAGCACUGAUGUUUCCAGCACAGUGGCAGCAGAACCUCACACACCGAAGGAAAGCGCACACAAAACGCAAGGUGAGAAGCGAUUAUCUACAGCUCUUCCUGACUCAAGAGCUACAGCAGAUACUGGCCCUGCCCACGUAUCCAUGGAGGACUCCUGUGCACGCACUUCUAACUCGGCAUCAGCUUCCAUUCCAACCUGUUCCCUUCCUCCUCCUACCUAUUCCUUCUCCUCCACCCUUCCUACUCAGGGACCUCCCCACAACUUAUCAUAUCCCGCUCCCCUCCACUCCACCCCCUGUCCAGCCUGGACCCCUCCUCUCCAAGCUGUGCCCACAUCGGAGCCAGAUGGUGGGAAGUUCUUCACUUUCGUUGUCCUGCACGCUAGCGAAGAUGAGACCGUUGCCCACCGGGUCAAAGACCGUCUGGAGAACAUGGGGGUUCCCAACGGUGCCACACUCUGCGAGGACUUCUUCAUCGCCGGGCGCAGCCACCUGACUUGCUUCCAGGAUGCUAUGGAUAACUCUGCUUUCAUCAUCCUCCUGCUGACCAAGAACUUCCCAUGCGACCUGUGCAUGUUUCAGACAAACACCGCUCUGAUGGAGUCCAUCCUGAAGCCAUCCAAGCGUGACUCCGUGAUCCCUUUUGUGCCCAAGGAGAACCCCCUGGAGCGGAGUCAGAUUCCCAGCACACUCGGCGGGCUGAUGCCCUUGGAUGAGAACUCUCCUGGGUUCUCCAGGACGGUGCAGAACACCUUCACCACCAGCAGGAUCAAUGAGAGGAAAGCCAUGUGGGACCUGACGCAGAGGAGGAAGCUACAGCUCCAUCAGGAACGGUAUCAAACGCUGCAGAGCUUAGCUUCCCUGAACCUUGCCCAGGCGUCUCCCUCAGCAACACGGUCGCAGCUGCUGGAGCAGCCACCCCCACUUUUUUUUCCCCCCCCGCCCGCCCCCCCGCCCCCCCCUGCCGGUCUCCCCUCUUUCCAAUCAAUUCAUCUCCCAUCAGGCCACUACAACGUGAUGCCAGGUCCGGGGGGCGUCCCACCCCUCAUCAUUCAACACGCUCGGAUGGUUCAGAUUGGGAACCACAACACGAUGCAGGUAGAAACUGUCACGCCAGGUCCCCAGGACAGCGAGGAAGAAAUCAGGCAGAACACUUGA